AUGGCAUGCGUCACCAGCAUAGCUGACUACGGUUCAAUUUUAUGGUGGAAAGGGCAAAACCAAUUCAAGAAAAUCCUUCAAUCCUUGCAAAACCUCGCCCUUCGAAAAAUCCUAGGAGUAUUCAAAACCUCACCAAUAAAACCAAUGGAAAUAGAAGCCGCAUUGUGCCCUCCAGAAGUACGGCUAAAUGCUGGAAUCAAACAAUACGCAUUUAGAUUAUUGAAAAUCUCGCCUUCUCAUCCUGUCAAUUUAGUAGCUACAAAGCUGGCUACAGAAAAGGAGAAUCAAGAUGUAGUUGCAACCCCUCAAAGAAAGCAAUUAAAACCUACUCAACUCGAAAAGAUCAAAAAUUCAAUUCAGAAAGACUUCGAUCCUCUCACUUUAGAAGGAAUCCAUCACUUCUACUUUCCUCCUUGGAAGAAAGAAGUUCCAUAUAAAGUCAAUAUCAGCAAAUUAGGAAAAGAAGAAGCUGCGAUGAUCCACAAUCUGGCUUUCAAAUAA